AUGGAUAAACUAAUCAGCAUGAAAAUUAGAAAGCCUGAUUACAGGUAUAGAAUCGAAAGAUGCAUUAAGAAAGGAGGAUUCGGAACCGUCUAUUAAGUAACUGACACUGAGGAUCCCAAUUAAACUUAAUAUGCUAUGAAAUUGUAGCAACUUUCGAAAAUCAUGGUUGCUAAUAACAAGGAUACUCCUAUUGAAUUACAAUUAUUGAGGUUAUUCAGAGAGAUCUGCACCUUCUAACUUAAACAUCCCUUUAUCACUGAAGUUAAGGAAUCAUUCCUUACUGAUGACGGUCAUUUCGUAAUGAUUUAGGAGCUAGCCUAAUGUGAUCUCAAGGCUUAUCUUGCUGAAUUAGGGCAGAUUGAUGCUGAUCAAAUCACAGAGCUAAUGAUCUAAAUAGUAAAUGGAUUAGAGUAUAUUCAUAGUCAUGACAUUAUACAUAGAGAUAUUUCCCCUGAUAACAUUCUUGUCUUUGACAAUGAUCUUUUUAAGAUUUGCGAUUUCGGAGUAGCAUCAUUUGGUCAAGCAACUCUUUCACAAGCUGGUAAAAUUAAUUAUCUAGCUCCAGAGGCUUUUAAAGGAGAAGCUUCAUGCGAUAAAAUGUGCGAUAUCUGGUCAUUAGGAGUAUUAUUGCUAUACUUAUGCACUGGGCAACCUACCUACAGAGGCCAAGUAGUGAGAGAAUUUGUUGAAAAUCCUUAUGCAGAUGAUACUAUAGAACUCCCUCCUUAAUAUGAAAGAUUUGAACUGAUUCUUAAUAGAAUGCUAGCUCAUGAUCCAAAAGAUAGACCCUAAAUAAAAGAAAUAAAAAGAGCUUUACUAGAGUUACAAAAUAUUUAGAGAAAUGCUUCAGUACAUGACGAUAGAAUUUAUUCGUAUUUACUCCAUCAUAACAAUGGUAUAUUCAGAGAGCACUACAAAAAUCUUCAAAUUCUUUUCUCUUAAUUUGGCCAUCUAAGAGGUGGUAAGUAUGAGAAGAAUAUCUAAGCCAUCUGUGUGGAACUAAUUAACCACUCAUCCUAUUAUCUUUAAGUUCUCAGUGCUACAAACCUGAACUCCUAUCCAGUCUAGAGAUUUUUCGAUAAAGUGAAGGAAAAGAUUUUGAUGCCUUAUAGAAACUAUAAUCGUUAGAUUCCAUCGUAGACUGACAGUUAAGGACUCAAACUACUUAAAGACAAAUUCUAAAAAGAAUUAAGGUAGUAAAGAGCGAUUAGAUAGUAGAAAUUGAAUCAGGACUUAGUACCUGCUAAGAGAUAAUGGAAGUCUGAGAAUGAGGAUCAAAUUCAAAUUGCCAACAAGUAAAGUAACGUUUAAAAAUACUAAGAUUAUUCAAGAAAUAUUGAGAAAGAUCUUCAUGAGCAAAUUCGUAAGAUUGAUAUCAAGGAAAUUGAAGGAGAGAGAAAAGUUAUUAGUCAUAAAUUUGAAGUCAAAGGGCUAAGAAAGGUGAAACAAAAUAACAUAAAGCCGUUUUAGUCAAUAUUCAAGAGUGGAAAACUUAUAAGUCUUAAUACAAGCGAUGGAGAAUACUGGGAUUGGGAUGGUGAUAAAAUAUUUAAAUCCCGUAAAUUUAAAGAUAACUCCAGUUGCUUUCAUCUUGAAAAAAAUAUUCUGUUCCAUGCAUUCGGUAAAAAUAUAGGUAAAUAAAACCCUAGCACGCUUGAAGAUAUAAUUAAUCCUUGGGAACCUGUUCUCAAAUUAUCUUCCAAAAUAAAUCGAAUGAUAUAAUAUGAUGAGCAUAAAAUACUAGCUGCAGGAGACGAUGGUCUCAUUGUAGUAUUUGCCCAUUAAAGCACUAACAUAAAAUAAGAAUUCAACUUGCCUAAUUCAGGCCCAAUCUUUGAUAUCUGUUCAGUGUAAGGAAAAAGUGAUAAUAUUUUUGCUUUUGGAACUCAGAAUGGUAUAUUUAUAGUCAUGAUAAUUUUCAACGAAUUAGACGGUGUGUUUGAAUUCUUCCCGGAAAAUAAUUAAUUUGAGAGUAAACUUGGAUGCAAUUGUCUUAUUUAAGUAAAAUAAGGAAUCAUUGCUGGUUCAUUCUAUGAAAAGAAUUCAUUACUCUAGUCAUAUAUUCAUAUCUUAGAUGUUGAUUAAAACGGUAAGAGAUUAAAGUCCUUCCAAUUUUAUGGCUAGUGUGGAAUUUACUCAUUCCCCUAUUCUAAUUAUCAGAUUUUGCCUUAUGCAAUUGUAAAGGACAGAAUGCAAUUAUACUUGAUUGACUUGUAAUGCUAUGAAGUCAAUGCUAUCCUUAAAUCAGUUUACGCCACUAGAUGUAAUCCCUAGUCAUUAUUUAUAUACAAAGAUAACUAAUAUAUGAAUUUGGGAAAAACUAAAUACAAGAUUCAUGAUUUAACAUAUCGGCUUGGACUCGAAGAUUAUAAGGGUAAAGCUAGAAUUUCAGAUUUAGAAAUCACCUUUGAUCAUAGAUGA